UCGAUCCGUCGGGAUGCUGCGUUUGACGAAACCGAGCGCACAUGUGACGUCAGUGUUUCUGGGCGGACCCGGAAGUCAUCCGAGAGAGAGAGAUCCGACGCUAGGAGCGACUCGCAGAAGUUCAACAAAACGUAAAAUGAGCCGAAUUUAUCACAAUACCGCUUUACAAAAUAAGCCAGUACACAAUGAGAAAGUCGACCGCGUGUGGUCGCUGUCUGCAUACGGAAGUGGCCCAGGGGUUCUUCUAGAAGGACAGUUCCUUGAUGUUUCCAGGCAUGCCAUCACUGAUGCCAACAAUGAGAAGGUCCGUUACUAUGUGUUGUACGUCAAACCCAGCCGUAUUCAUCAGCGGAGGUUUGAUGCCAGCGGGAAGGAGAUUGAGCCAAAUUUUAGUGACACCAGAAAAGUCAACACUGGCUACCUCAUGUCAUCCUUCAAGGUAGAGGCCAAAGGGGAGUCCGACCGACUGUCUGAGGAGCAGCUGUCAGCGAUGGUGAAUGUAGAGGAGCUGGUGAAGAUGACUGACAAACACAGACCCAGCGGAGCCUUGGCCUUCUGGUACCCAGAAUCAGAAAUGGACAAGACAGAGCUGCAGACAGGACAGGAUAUCCGCCUGAAGACCAGAGGAAACGGCCCUUUCAUCUUCUCCUUGGCUAAAGUAGAUGGGGGCACAGUGACCAAGUGCAACUUUGCUGGAGACAAGGAAGCCGGGGCUUCAUGGACGGAUAAGAUUAUGGCCAACAAAGCCGGGGCAGAUGGCUCGCAGAGGCCUGGGGGAGAAGGGGAAGGAGCAGAGGAGGAUGAAUGGGAUGACUGAGGGUGGAGUAUGAUGGAGUAUCCCUACACCCCUUCGACCAUCAGUCUGAAAUCUUUGCCUUUUCCCAGUCUCAGGUGAACUGGUCAAACCCGACUCAAGUCACUCUUGAUGGUUUUCA